AAGUAAGCAGUCGUAGCCGUAUGUAAAAGUUGCCCUCGAUUCAUGCGCGGCUGCGCGUCCAUCAAAAUGUUUGAAGAUGGGGGCGGCCAUGGUGCACGGGAAGACCGGGCCCGGCACUGGCAGUGAUGAGCAAGGAAAGGAGGACCAUGGAUGGGAAGACCAAGAUUCUUGGGAAGAAGCUGGUAUGGAUGAUAUCGACAUGGCAGUUGAUUCCAACGAGUCUCUCCAGAUGACUUUGGAGGUUAUGCCAGUCGAAUUGUUGACAGAAAUUUUGUCGUUUGUACCGCCCAAGUGGCUGUUAAAUUGCGCGCUGGUUUGCCGCGCGUGGAGGGACGUGGUGCAAAGCCAGGGGCUGUGGCGGAAGAUGUGCCAGAGGACCGGGCGAUUUAUUGAGAAAUACAUGGCGCCGCAUUACCCAGAAGAUUGGAGGGAAUUCUACUUCAAGUGUCCCUACACGAGGAACCUCAUUAAGAACCCAAGUGGGAAAGACGGUCUGAAUGCUGGCUGGAUCAUCACUGGCAAUGGUGGAGAUGGUUGGCUUGUGGAAACUGAGCGUGCAGGCUCCGAGUCCAAACCGGACGAGUUGCGGGCCAUCAGCGACGGGAGCCCACAUCACUUUGCCACAUCUUAUGGGUGGUGCAUACGCCAUCAGCUCAUCGACCUGGUGGCUGAGGGCUGUUCAGAGGCCAUGCUUGAUAAAGCCCAGCCGGACAUAUUCGUCUCAGAAUGGUUUGCAGCACGCUUUGACUGUGGCAGUGUGUAUGAGUUGACAGUGCAGUUGCAGAGGGACGAAAGUGGAAACAAGGACAGAAUCAUCGACAAGUUCACUUUUGGCCCGUACACCACUCCACAGUGGGGGCCGUCAUACUGGAAGGAGGCGAGCCACGUGUUCUCGGGCUACGGACCGGGAUUGCGCUUCAUCCACUACGAAGACAGGAGCAAAGAUACACAAUUCUGGGCUGGGCACUACGGAUCCAAGAUGGCAGGGUCCGUUGUCAGGCUGCAGUUCAACAGGAAGUAAGGAGGAAGACCUGUAGUGAACAAUAGUCAGCAUGGCGACACUCUGGAGGGUUCAAAUCCAAGGACUGAAAAAGAGUCAGAGGGGGCAGAAAUAAACAAACGGGAGCCAUAAAUCUGCUGGCAACCAAGAAAGAAUGUGACACGUUCUUUAGAUCUCUAAUGACAUUGAAUUUUAAAAUGGUGUCUACAUGUACAUGUAUGCAAACACUUACUGUGUUCUUAAACAUCAAUACCUCACCCCACAAAAUCCAUUUAAUCCCCCCUCAAAAAAAAAAACCAGGGUCCAGAAGUGGUGAUUCUUCCACUCUACUACACUUGUAACAGAAGUCCUAUAGGACAGAAGUCUUUUCCUUGAGGCUUUAAAAUCGUUUUACAUAAGCGAACUCUUGUUAUACAAGACAGAAAUCACUUCUUUUGAGUCUUUCACUCAAGGUGUGAACAUUAUGAGCUAUAAUUGCUGCAAUUUUAGGGACCAUGGCGAUACAAGGCAAGAAAUAAAAUUUGAUGGGCAUUUGUAUCCCAGACAUAAUUCAAAAUAUAUCAAUACAUGCUAUAUUAAAGCCUGCAUCACACAAGUAGAGAGGAUGUGUAUGAUAAUAUUUAUUACCCAGUGGUGUAUCAAGACGGGGGUGGGGCAAGUCGCCCCAUCCCUAGACUUAAUGCCAAUUCUUUUCUUUUGUGUCACGUGGAAAAACCUGUUUUAUUUAUUAAAGGAAGCUGUGUUCAGUUUAUGGUGCUGAAUGCUGAUUGUUUAGCCUUUGUUAUGUAAACACACAGUCACUUCAGUCUGCUUUCAACAGAUUAUGCAAUGAUACCGCGCACGACUCUGUGUCUGACCCGACACUGAAAGUGUGACUUUCGGAGAAUUCUGAAGCGUCUCUUCUUUCCUCCUCCAAAUGCGAUCCAACUUUUAAAAUACAGACUCAAGUUGUCCGAAUAUUGUUGGGCUCCUACAAGAACCGUCAGCGGUUUUACUAAGUGGCAUAACUAGGCUGAAAUUUCAAGGAGGACACCCAGGCUGUACAUAUUUUUUGGGGGAGGGUUGAUACAGAAAGUAGAUGAACUUCAAUUGGUACAUGGUUUGUGUGCAUUCUGAAAUUUCAAACACGUAGGCGUAAUUGUAUACCCGUACUUUUGGGGGACAGUUCAGGAAAUAUCUGUUCCUUGCGCACAAGGAAUGAGCUCAUCCACCGAAAAUGGUAGCAGCCAAUCAAAUUACGGGACUUGAUGUUUCCAUCUUUCAUACAUGCAUUAUAAUGAACGAGUCUAACUACUUUUACUGGUCGAAAAUCCACGUAUGACUAUUUUGAUUGGUGGAAAUUAUGUUUACGUUAUGCAAGAUAAUGUGUAAUUAUGAAUAACUACGUAUCAUCAACGGGGUUCUCUAUGGCUUAUCCGUCAUGUCGGUCUUUCUGCACUGACUGGUGACACACGGUGCACAAUCCGAGCGCGACUGCGGUGUACUACUGUGGACAGUGAAGGGAUAUGAGCAAUGUAAUAUGUCCGACUUGAUUCAAGUCUACUUUUGUUGCUGACCGGUGUGUCAUCAACCGGUCAUGAUCAUCCGUGUGAUGGGCGUUCGACCAAUAGGAAUAGGUAAACUUUCAGGUGUUCAUGAAUUUACAUAUAAAUUGUGUUUGCAUAAGAUUUUUUUAGGGGAGGGGGGUCUGUGUCUCCUGUCUUCAAAUGAAAGGUUGUUAAUGAAAUUCAUUUUGAGCCAUCUCCGCUGACUUUUCCUAAAUAUUACUUGAGGAGGACAGAGGGAAAAUUCCAUCAUAAGUGUUUUCUGAAAAAUUAUCGAACGUGAUGGGACAGCCCAAUGUAAAAUCCCCAUAGGCGGACCGCGUGAGGGUUCCAGAAGCUUGCCGCGUAACCUUUUACUUUCAGGCUUUAUCACGGGUAAUUGUGCUCUGUUGGAAUUAUACUACCCACUGACAUUGCAGAGGUCCUCACCAGUUAAUGCCAAGUAUCAAUGUGUGCACAUUUUAACACUGAGGGUAUCAGGAAACAAAAGUGGUGUUAUUAAUAACAGUUUAUGGUAAACCUAACAUCAAAGAGGGCAAAGGUGUUUGUAUUGAGUUAAAUCACGAGCUACACCUUUCAAAGAAACCCUAUAAUAUAGGAAAUAUAAAAUAUUUAUUUUGUAUGUUGUAAUAUUUAGCAUAUCUGAAAAUUGCACCCAACUUUGUGAUUUUCCAAGUAAAUCGUAAUAAUCACGUGUGUGCUUCGUAUAGAUUAGAUUUAUACAAUAUUUAUAAAGCCUGAAAAACAAUCUCAGUAAAACCUGCAGUAACAAGAAA